GCAAAUGAUUUGGGCACAUGAACUUCGCCAACACAUCUUCUUCCCCCCCAGAGAAAUAUGCUCUUUAUUUCGAGUCUUCUCAUAGAAAAAGACUCAAAGAAUUCACCCCUUUUUAUAUAAAUCCACAGAAGCAAACGAGACCCAUCAUAGCAUUACACUUCCCGGAGGCGUCAAAGGGAGAUCAAUACGAUGCAGUACAGGCCUCCCCAACGAGAGAGCAGCUUCAUCAUUCAAGUAACCGGUAAUUAUUGUGAAGCUGAUCAUCAUCUUCCUGAUCAAACCAGCUGUACUGUCUCUCCCAAGUUAAUUAACUUUUCUGCAAUGAAGCUCUUUAAUCGUUUCCGUAAGAUUCUCAUGCGCCUGUUGUUUUCACUCCCUUCUCCUGGGUCUUCUUCUUCAUCAGCGCCUACCUCCGGAAGUUCGGCUUCGAGGCAAAAGAGCUGUGACAGAUUUGAGCCGCCAAAGACUUCAUGCAGCUCUUAUUACUCCUCUCACUCGCACUACAACGAGGCCAUCGCCGACUGCAUCGAGUUCUUCAACAAGUCGUCGCAGGAUGGGAUUUUGGAUGGUCGUAAAUCCGAUGUCAUGGUUUGA